AUGGCCUCCAACGCCCUCCUCGUCGUUGCUCUUACAGUCACAGUCGUUCUCGUGCUCUACCGCGCUCUAUAUAACCUCUUCCUCUCCCCGCUCAGUGCUAUCCCCGGCCCUUGGUAUGCUGCGAUCUCCAACAUCUGGAUCGGCUACCACCAGCUCUGCCUUCGCCAGUGCAAGACGGUGCAGUCCCUGUUCGACACCUACGGACCCGUUGUUCGGAUCGGUCCCAACAAAGUCGCCUUUUGCGAUGCCUCUGCAAUGCGGGCGGUGUACUCGGUGUACAAAUUCGACAAGAGCACGUACUACAAGGGCCUCGUCACUAUGACCACCCUAGAUCACGCAACCUACUCCAUUAGACGCAAAGCUUACAGUCCCCACUAUACCCCGCCAAACAUCGCCAAGUUCCAGCCAGAAGUUCACGAGUUCACGCUGCAAUUGGUCGAUAUUCUUGAAAAUAUCGCCGGAAAAGCCUCUCUUGAAUGCAUGGCACUUUUCAGGAAUCUCAUGGUUGAUGUAAUGACCGAGACCCUUUUCGGUUAUCGCCUCGGAGCUUUGGGCAAGUGGGCCAUGGACGCUGAGGAUCCCCUUUCCACGGCGAUUAAUGAUUUUCCUAAACGCGGUAUAUUGCGGAGUGUCAUCCCUUCAUGGGUCUGGAAGCUCAUCUGCCGUGUUCCUAACAAUCGGUGGAGGCAAUGGUGUGAUUCUGAUAACAUCAUGGCCGAGAUGAACGCGGGGUCACACGGGGAGCCAGAAAGACCUACACUGCUCCAGCGUCUCCUUCAACAUCGGUACUCGGCGAAACAACCUGUACCUGAUUGUGAUAUCAUUUCCGAAUGCAUGGGUCACCUCAUCGCUGGCGCGGAUACCUCUUCAACCACAAUCAGCUACAUCCUUUGGGAGCUUAGCCGCCGUCCAGACAUCGUCGCUAAACUUCAGGCAGAACUAGACGAAGCCAUUCCGGACUCCCGGGCUAUUCCCGACAUCGCAAUCUUGCAAGAGCUCCCCUACCUCAAUGGAUUGAUUAAAGAAGCGUUGCGAUUAUACACUGCUGCUCCCUCUCUUCUCGAACGGGUAGUCCCAUCAUCUUCGUCCAAACCCAACCAUCAAGACGAAGACUUCGAUCUGUUGGGAUAUGCGUUACCGGCUGGCACCAUUGUCUCAACCCAGGCAUGGUCGAUGCAUAGAAAUCCGGCCGUCUACCCAUCGCCAGAAUCAUUUCUUCCAGAACGUUGGCUGGAAUCGUCCUCAGCAUCGCCCGAUCAACUGUUCCAAAUGCACCAACAUCUGAUGGCUUUCGGUGCUGGCGUACGCGUUUGUGGUGGUCAGAACCUCGCUCAAAUUGUUUUACGCGUUGUGGUAGCAAUGAUCGUUCGUAACUUCAACGUCUUUGCUCCAGAAGAGACCAACGAGCGGAGUAUGGAGAUCAAGGACAGCUUCGUCAUCUUCCCAGCUGCGAUGGAGUGUAAGCUCAUCUUCAAACCACGUCAGCAGUGA